CAUCGAAACGUCUACAUGCUGUAAAUCAGACGUUGUUAUCCUGAAAGCUGUACGUUUUCUUUCUGAAUUGUUAAUGGAUGGAUUUGAGCCUGCUGCACUGGCUCGACCCACAACUGUUGCCGCUGGUGGCGCCACUGUUGUACAGAGAUGCAGUGUCCUUCCUCAUGGGAUCGACACAUGUUUCUGGUGUUUGACCUGUUUAAUACCUAGGUCUCGCUCUCGCUAUACCUGUCUUGCUAAGGAUGGUGUGCUUUUUCAUCAGUUUAAAUGCUGAUGGCAACCCUGCUCUGAACAAACCGACUUCUGCAAGUUCUAUGCUUGGAUUUGCAAGCUCUACUGCUGUUGACGGCAAGAAUGACACUCACUGGGGCUCUCAAAGUUGUUUCUCUGUCGACUUCUCUGAUCCUGAUCACUGGUGGCAAGUGGACCUUCAGUAUCAGGUCUUAGUGACAGAGAUCAAGGUGUCCUCCAGGUCGGACUGCUGUCCUGAGAGGUUACACGACUUCUCCGUGGACGUGUACGACACAGAUCCUACUCUGAAUCCGCUAUCUCCCGCAAAACAGUGCUACUUCUACUCGGGCAGUGUGACGUCACCCGGGGUCACGGUCACAGUGACCUGCACGAGGCCUGUGAGUGGUCGGUAUCUCCGUCUCACUGGGAAGAACAGAAUUAAUGAUGUGGAUGUCCUACAGUUCUGCGAAGUGCAAGUCUUUGGUGCUACAGAAACGCACUCCACUUCAUGCUCAACACUAACACAGCAACGUGGAAAACGGUUCAGCAGUGUUUUAGUUCACGAUCUUCAGUCCCAUGUCAACGACCCAGCAGCAUGUGCAUCAGUCUGUGAAAGGGACAUCCGAUGCACGGGUUUCAACUUUAAGCUGACGGAAGGUACCUGUCAGUUGGUGCGUGACACCGAGAUUGGGCCGACGGUUGCCGAUGCUUCCUGGAACUGUUAUCAGUACGAACCAUGUUGGGUGCCUUGCCCUGCAUAAAUCCACACCAUGCAUGUGUCAUACACUGUUGUUAGCCUCGAAUGAGUUACACAGUAAAUGCACCAUGAACACGUGGGUGAAAUAAAUAGUACAAAAUCAGUAUUUUGACUAAAGGAAGAUCUAUUGAAAUCAAACUUUUUAACAGGAUCCAUAGUCCUAUAAGUACAUCACAAAAAUGUCAUAUGAUUUCAUUGUUAUCUAGAAAUGAACAAACAAUUUCCCUGGUCCCACCACCAACGCGUAUCGAAGUCCCGGCUUCGUGCACAGCUGUAGCUGUGACGCAACAGUUGAGCAGCGCCAGCCAUUUCCCUUUGUUUACAGUGCACAAGUAGUGGUUGCUGCAGUGCAUCAAUUGUUCCCCGCCAUAUAAUGUCAUAUACUGAGGAAGGAAGUGUAAGCAAUGGGAGGAGAGGAUUGGUGUAAAAUACAAAUUGGUUGUGAUUAAUGUAGUUAUCUUUGGAAAGCACAAUAAAAGAAACAGUGUCUUUAAAA